AUGGAUGAAAGCUUGGGAUAUAAUGAAAACGAGAGGAUACUAGUCACUUCACAAUGGCAGAUGGGCGUUACGAGUGCGCUCUCUUUCGAGACAGAAGGCUCCACAAUGUGCCUACAAACACAAAAGAAUAAUCUCCAAUUAAUACAGAAGAAAAAAAUUCAAUCAGAGCGUCCAACUAUACCAGCGACUCAAUCGCAAAGGCUGGCCUACUACCGAUGUCACGCGACUUCUCCUUCCAAAACACAGAUCAUAUGCAUGCAACAUGUACAGUUCAACAGAUUUUUAUGGUAUUACAUAUUCAACUUGUUUUUCAAGAGUGUUCCACAUACAUACGUAUACAUUUUCCUAGCUUCCUAUGCUGAAGAAGAACAUUUCUUUUUGCCUAAAAUGGUGCCUAUAUGCUGUGGUCUAAAUAUUGCUUACAUUAUAGCUGCGAUUUUGGAAAUAUUUUGCUAUGUUGACAACGCGAUAUUCUUAUUAGACUAUGCUAUAUGUGGGAUAUUUUUCAAAAAUCCAUGGAACAGAUGUGAUGUUAAAUCUAAUUAUAUCGAAAGUCUUAACAUUUCCGUAAACUGUUACGAAUUGGAAGAAUUCUCCAAGAAAUUUGUAAACGGCACAUCUGUAUUCUAUUCUAUAUUCUAUGUCACAGCUGAUACAGAAUAUUUUCAACUCGCACCUAUUGAAUAUUUUAAGAGACGUAUAACAUUUGUAGAUGGUUGGAAUUACUCUUAUAUAAAUUUUUAUUUUAUAUUCAUGUGGCUCUUGGUAGCCUUACAUUACAAGGCCUUAUUCAAGAAGUACGUUUGGGUGCAUUUGAACAGGGUACAAUUAGCACUGAAUAUUAUGUAUGUAUCAGUUUUUGUGCAUCUAGUGCUAACGUACUUCAUGGAACAUUUGGAUAAACAUAUAGAAGUUACUAGUCCUGUUGAUGAGCUGACCAAUAAAUUAUGGAAAGCUGACGUAGAUAUGCUAGCAGAAUCCAUGACUACACCUCCAGUAGUCCAUAUAUUGACAGCUAGGAGUGAUGGAGAGAUCCAACCAAGUCGGGACAGUUCAAUGAUUUUAGCAUCAAAUGCAAUAUAUUUCAUAUUUAGAGGCCUACUCUCUAUAACCUCACUGGCCGAAGUUAUUGGUAUAUAUAUACUUUACCCUUUGGGACGAUUACUCGACGACAUUACCUUCCAUCAUGGUGUUGCUCCGAAUAAACUAAGAAUUUUGAAUUUAAGAUUCGUACCCAUAUUUUAUACUAUAAAAAUUUACACACUAAUGGACGCUUUAUUACAAGUUUUAAAUCAAACUAGAUAUUUCAAACUGCACCCAGAAUUGAAAUGGUCAUUUUUAAUUAUCUUAGUGCCUAUAUUUUUGGGAAUUAUAUAUGCAAUUGUAAAAUUUUAUAUCGGUGUAAAUGAUGGCUCGUCAAUAUUUCGCCCAAAGUCAAGUUUUGGGCCCAGAGACUUCACAAUAAGGCAAUGGAGAAAGCAAUAUGAUUCUAGAGAGUACGUGGGAUCAGAAGCCUGCAAGCUCCUAAGUCGGUAUAUGAUCAGCCAAGCGGAAUCCAAAGCGUACAAGCUAGAUGUAAUGUACAACACAAGCAGAUAUUCCACUCCCGAUGCUGGUUUUCGUACAGAGAAAGAAAAAAAGUAAUUCAAGUUUCGAACGAAACAAAAUACAUGUGAAUUUCUAUAUAAAUAGAUUAAUUAUGAUGAUUAGAAUAAAUAGAUUAAGUUCGCGCUCGUGUAUAGACAGUAAAUGCUGAUAUUUGUACGGAGAAAGUAAUUUUAAAUUUUGAUCGAGUCGAAAUAAAAUGUAACAUUUCAUAAUUUAAAAAAAAAUCUUAUGAGAGCUUAUGUACAUAGUUCGCGAACUAACAAAUUCGCGCUCCUGUGGACAGUAAAUGCAGAUUUUUGGACGGAGAAAGAAAGAGAGCAAUUUCAAAUUUAGAACGAGACGAAAUAAAAUAUAAAAUUUCAUAUUUUAUGUUCGAUUAUGUACAUAGUUCGCAGACUAACAAGUUGGCGCUUCUAUAGGCCGUAAAUUCUGAUUUUCAUACAGAGAAAGAAAAAAAUAAUUUCAAAUU